AUGUGUGGUAUAUGGCGCGUAUUGUCAUUCAACGCAGUUUGCAAGCAAAUUAUUGAGUUAGCUGUUGAAGAUAACCGCCAUUAUGCUGAACCUACUGCGGGAUGCAUAUUGAUGGGAGUCCGACUACUUGCGUGUCUAUUGUUCUUAGAAACGCCGCCAUUUGGGACGUUGCUUUGGUAUCAUUUGGUAGAGUUGGCAACACUUGGUGCAACAUACGAUACAGCCAACGGUGUAUAUAGACCUGUUAUGACGAACGUGAUCAAACAUAGGUAUCAUGCUACCAGAACAGGCAUAACGAAGUGUCUGUCAGGCUAUGUAGGUGCUAUAACGUACGGAAGCAUGUUUAUAAAUUUGUUGAAGGCGUUCGGUCACAUCUCCUAUAAUGGACCGCUUGACACCGUGGAGGCAGCUGUUAAAGAAGUCAACGCCGAAGCGAUACGGAAAUCCAUGAUGUACCUUAUAGUGUCAAGCACAUUGCUCAGCCUUGUCUGUUAUUUUGCCCUGUUUUCACAUGCAACAGAUAGGGUUCCGAGUGAGCAGGAACGUUUGAAAAAAAGAGAAAAGGAAAAAAAGACUGAGCAGAACAAGAUGACGAAUAGCAAAAACAUGAAACGAUGCCCAAAGGAACAAAGGCUUCGCCUAACUAAUCGUCGGAGUCACUCUGUUUUGAGUCUCCAAGGCCAUUCGAAUAUCAUCGCUACUCGCCAAUGUUAA